CCGGAAGUGUGGCUAUGUAGGCAAUCUUGUCUCUCUUUAGCAUCACCCCGGAACAGGAAGAAAAUGUUAGCUACUGUGGCUAGCCAGCUACACUGAUUUAUUCGCCAGAAAAACAUCCAGGGUUUGAGGAGACAUGGGGGGUGCACAGAGCAUUGAAAUACCUGGAGGAGGAUCCGAAGGUUAUCACGUCCUCAGAGUAUGUAUCUUUACUAGCAUGCUAAACCACGAGCUGUAACUGGGCUAGUUGAAAAUGGGAACACAACACAGAAAUGCUUGUCAUGACUGAAUUAUGAUGAUAAUGUUGUUGCGGUCUUCAGGUUGCUGUAGCAUGUCAGUGUGUAUUUUAGGGGCUUCCUAUGAGUAAUUCAUCACGUUGUCGUUCAGAAAACAAACUAUGUGUAGUCUAACCAAUUAAACAGAGCAAUGUCUGACGAGUGAAAACUUGCUAGCUAGCUAACGUUAGUUACCUAUAGCCAGCCAUGACGCUAGAUCAUCACUUGACUCGAGCAACCGGUCUGUCAAUGUGCAGUGACGGGGGUGGGAUGUCCUUUCAAUUCAGAACACAUUUGCAAAGGGCGUUGCACCUGUGUGUUAGUAGUAAAAGUGUGGUCAUUGAAUGUUUAAAGGCAAUAUGAAUUGAGCAGAAUUCAUAUAAACCUCCUGUCUCAAUUUGCAGGUGCAAGAUAAUUCCCCUGGGCAUCGUGCAGGAUUGGAACCAUUCUUUGACUUUAUUAUUUCCAUCAGUGACACAAGAUUGGUAAACUGUCAUUUCUCGAAUUAUCUACAUCCUGAAGCUGUCAGAUCCCAUUGCAGCUCAACUGUUUUCAAAGCCAGGGAUACAAGACAACCUAUAGGUGGACUAACUUUGUUUACAGAUGAUGAUGCACUUUAACAUCUGCUAACGUCUUAAUUUUUGGCAGAACAAAGAUGAUGACACAUUAAAAGACUUGCUGAAGGUGAAUGUGGAAAAACCCAUCAAGAUGCUGGUAUACAGCAACAAGACUCUUGAGCUGAGGGAGGCAACAGUCACACCCAGCAACAUGUGGGGAGGUCAGGGGCUGCUGGGUAUCAGCAUCCGAUUCUGCAGCUUUGAAGGAGCCAAUGAGAAUGUGUGGCAUGUUCUGGUGAGUGAAUCGCCUUGCAGUUUAGCGCUGCAGACAUGAAUCAUUGUAAAACUGGAAAUGUGUUGAUGUGUAAUGAUGUGAAGCCUUGCAGUGACCCGAUAUACAGUGCAGUGAAAACGUAUUUGCCUCCUGUCUGAUUUUCUCUAUUUUUGAUAUUGAAUGUUAUCAGAUCUUCAACCAAAACCUAUAUUAAAUAAAGGGAACCUGAGGUUACAAAUAUCAAAAAUAUAUACUUAUUUUAUUGAUUUAAUUAACACCCAAUUCCCCUGUGUGAAAAAGUAAUUGCCACAUUACACUCUAACUGGUUGUGCCACCUUUAGCUGCAAUGACUCCAACCAAACAUGCUUCCUGUAGUUGUUGAUCUGUCAUGUCACUGUGGAGGAAUUUUGGCCCACUCUUGCAUGCAGAACUGCUUUAACUCAGUGACAUUUGUGGGUUUUCAAGCGUGAACUGCUUGUUUCAAGUCCUGCAACAACAUCUUAACAUCAGUGUGUGUUUUGGAUAAUUGUCUUGCUGCAUGACCCAGCUGCGCUUCAGCUUCAGCUCAUAGACGGAUGGCCUGACAUUCUCCUGUAUAAUUAUCUGAUACAGAGCAGAAUUCAUGGUUCCUUCUAUUAAGGCAAGUCGUCCAGGUCCUGAGGCAGCAAAGCAUCCCCAAACCAUCACACUACCACCACCAUGCUUGACCGUUGGUAUGAGGUUCUUACUGUGGAAUGCAGUGUUUGGUUUUCGCCCGGCAUAAUGGGACCCAUGUCGUCCAAAAAGAUGACUCAAGUUUGCCAAAAAGCACCUGGAAGCACCUAGAUGAUCAAGACUCCUCAUACCAACGGUCAAGCAUGGUGGUGGUAGUGUGAUGGUUUGGGGAUGCUUUGCUGCCUCAGGACCUGGACGACUUGCCUUAAUAGAAGGAACCAUUAAUUCUGCUCUGUAUCAGAGAAUUCUACAGGAGAAUGUCAGGCCAUCCGUCUGUGAGCUGAAGCGCAGAUGGGUCAUGCAGCAAGACAAUUAUCCAAAACACACAAUCAAAUCUACAUGAAAAUGGCUAAAAAGCAAGACAUUUGAAGUUUUGGAAUGGACUAGUCAAAGUCCAGACCUAAUCCCAAUUGAGAUGUUGUGGUAGGACUUGAAACGAUCAGUUCAUGCUUGAAAACCAACAAAUGUCGCUGAGUUAAAGCAGUUCUGCAUGCAAGAGUGGGCCAAAAUUCCUCCACAGCAAUGUGAGAGACUGAUCAACAACUACAGGAAGCAUUUGGUUGCAGUCAUUGCAGCUUAAGAUGGCACAACCAGUUAAUGAGUGUAAGGGGGCAAUUACUUUUUCACACAGGGGCAUUGGGUGUUGCAUAAUUUUGUUUAUGAAAUAAGUGUGUAAUUGUUGUGUUAUUUGUUUACUCAGGUUCCCUUUAUCUAAUAUGUAGGUUUUGGUUGAAGAUCUGAUAACGUUCAGUAUAAAAAAUAUGCAAAAUUAGAAAGGGGGCAAAUAGUUUUUCACAGCACUGUAUUUAUAAUAUCGGUCUGUAUUUUAUUUCUUGUCCUCAGGAAGUGGAGCCAAAUUCUCCUGCAGCCCUGGCUGGUUUGAGACCACACACUGACUACAUCAUAGGUGGAGACACUGUCAUGAACGAGGUGUGUGGGAUGCCUUUCUUUAGUGUCAUUUCAAUGAUGUUCUCCCUACACUAAGCUGUUGAUGUAGUGUUUGACUGGUUUUUGUCUGGAUUUUUCCCCACAGCCUGAGGAUCUCUUCUCCCUCAUUGAAACGCAUGAAGGGAAAGGGCUUAAGUUGUAUGUGUAUAACACUGACACGGACAACUGUCGGGAUGUGGUCAUCACUCCAAACUCUGAAUGGGGUGGAGAGGGCAGGUAAGGCAUUGACAUUUUGGUAAUUCAUUUAGCUGAUAUACCUAUAGGCUACCACGUAGCACACUCAUUCUCUCUGCCCUAAAGCCUAGGCUGUGGGAUUGGCUAUGGCUACCUGCACAGGAUACCCACACAGACAUUUGAAGAGGGUAAGAAGAUCAGUUUCCCUGGACAUAUUCAAAGUGAACCAGUUUCCCCACUCAAGGAUGGCUUCACAGAGGUAAGACAUUUUUCUAAAUGACCUACUAAUUUUCACUCCCAAUACCUGCCAGUCACAUGAGGGAAUUUGUAUACAAUGAGAAUAUUCUACAGCUGGGGCUUCCCGAGUGGCACAGCGGUCUAAGGCAGUGCUAGAGGCGUCACUACAAAUCCGGGUUCAAUCCCGGCUAUGUCGCAGCUCGCCACGACUGGGAGACCCAUGAGGCGGCGCACAUUGGCCCAGCGCUGUCUGGUUUAGGGGAGGAUUUGGCCGGCUGGGAUGUCCUUGUCCCAUCGCACUCUAGCAACUCCUUGUGCCGACUUCGGUCGCCAGCUGUACGAUGUUUCCUCCGACAUAUUGAUGCGGCUGGCUUCCAGGUUAAGCGAGCAGUGUGUCAAGAAGCAGUGCGGCUUGGCGGGGUCGUGUUUCGGAGGACGCAUGGCUCUCGGCCUUUUGCAGCGAUGGGACAAGACUGUAACUACCAAUUGGAUAUCACGAAAUUGGGGUAAAAAGUACCCCAAAAAAGAAUAUUCUACAGCCCCAGGUGUUGAUCCCAGUUUUCAUUUGUUCCUUAGGUUCAGCUCUCUGCUGUCAGUCCUCAACCUGCAGUGCCUUCUGCUCCUACUGGGUUGGAACAAAAUCUCUUUGACCUGUCAGUCAGCUCAGCUCCUCCCACUGUCCCGAGCGCUCUACAAACAGGUAUGCUAGGUAUCACUACUUUUCAUUUAGACGCAUAUUGCUUACUGACUUGAUAUCACCAAGUAAGAGAUUAGUUAUUACAAUCGAUUGUCUCUUUGUCCAAGGAGUACCUACUGUGCCAUUGUUGCCUAGCCAAGUCAGCCCCCUGCUAAGCACUGUACCUCCAGUCAUACCUGCUACCAUGUUAGCAGGUCAGUGUUAGACACGGUUCUAGUUUGGGACAAUAUGAUGCUGCAUGUAUUAUUUGCAUGUGGCUUUGUGUAUUUCAUUAUGUUCAUAUUUCCUGCACAGGUCUAAUGUCGUUACCCGGAGGCCUACCUCCCCUUCACAAACUGGCAAAUUUCAAUUUCACUUUACCAGACUUGGGCACUGUGUCGUUACCAGGAGGGAUGCCACCAGCAGGUAAUGUCAAUGUUUUCAAGAUUAUUUGAUGGUUUUUAAGAUGUAAGUUUAUGGAUAUUUGUAUACUACUGUCAGUAAUAUUCCUGUAUUGCUGAAACUUUCCACCUGUCUUCCUCAGGUUUCCCUCCAUUGGCCCCUCUUCCUCUCCUGAACCUAUCCAUGCUCAACUCCCAGCUGCCUUUGGUCCCAGGGGUAACUCUGCCUCCAUCUGAGUUCACACUCCCAGACACCCUCAUCCUGGACGCAACAUCCUUCUCCAGCGACACAUUGACAGAAACACUCCUCCCUACACCAGUAGCUUCCUCUAAACCUAGAGAAGCACCAGUGACCUGACUCCUCCUAGCAAAGAACCAUUUACCAACAAGAUCUACUGUAUUUAAAACUCAACAAGAAAGAAUCUUGAAACACUCCUUGUUGUACUCCAGAACUAUGGCGGCGUCCCCAAUUAUCCACCCUUUUCCAGAAGUGUGUAUAUUUUCACACUUCCUGUUGUGGAUUUACAAGCAUUGGAUUGGUGUAAUCAUUGGCUAGAGAAGUUUCCACCAUUGUUAAAUCCAU